CCGAAAUCCUUCUCUCUCCUCUCCUCCACGACGUCACAAAAAAUGCGCCCCACACGUCCCUCCUCAUAUAAAUCCCCGGCUGCCUAUUGCUGCCGCUGCUGCUGGCCCUCCAUCGAGCGACGCACCUGAGUGACAGACGACAACAGACACCAACAAUCCACUGAGCAACUGCUUGUGAAUUGCCUACCUCUUCAUUGAGCGUGGCAUUUUCUCGACGGAGGUCUUCGAUUUCGGCCUCCAAACGCCGCCGGUCCCCUGCCUCCUGUGGAAAAAAGACACAGACGUUCGCCGUGGGACGACUAGAACAAGGGUCGGCCCACCUUGAUCAGAGCAUUGUGAAGCGUGGCGAAGGUCUCCUCGUCCUCCGGAUUGAUUGCGUUCUUGAGGGUGUUCUUAAAGGCUGUCUGCACUGCGGGGGGCAGGGUGGAGAUGAGGGGAAGGAUGGCAGCCACGUCGUCAGGAUUUCGUCGAAUGAAGUCGGCCGUCAGCCUCGACAAGACACCAUCGGUACAAACCCCCGCCAGAUUGCCGAGCGCCGACGCCCAGAACAGCGCCAAUGGAAGGCGAUAGUGGCGAACCUCAGACAGUGGCAGGAGCAUGCCCUCAGCGACCGUAGAAUGAAUCGACCUGCACACAUGGACAGACAACACCACCAUGUGCAUGUUUGUCCAUUGUUUGCUCACUUGGCCAUGUGUGUCACGCCGUCCCACCGCCCCUCCUUGGCGCACAGCCGCAAGUAGUGCAAGGCGAGGGCGCGCAUGGGGAAGUGUCGCAGCGUCAUCGUCAUCUCAAUGUCCUUGAGCCGCGCCUCUCCCUCUCCUUGCUGGGCGAGCUUCUCAGCCGAGAUGUUGCGCACACACCCACUGAUCUCCCACCGUGACGGUCUCUGAAACAGCUGAAACUGGAAGGGGCCAGUUGAGGGGACGAAUUCAAACCGCAAAAUACUGAUCACAGGGGUCUGCAUGGGCCCGCCAGGGGUCUGCAUGGGCCCGCCCCCCAUCAU